AUGAAAGCAGGUGACCACAGUACCCAGUACCAGUUCCUCACAGUGAGUAAUGGAGGCCAGGCUGUAAUUCAAAAUCCAUUCAGCAAUGGUGGCAGCCCAGCGGCCGACGCUGUCAGCGGGGAGGCACGGUUUGCUUAUUUUCCAGCAUCCAGUGUGGGUGAUACCACAGCUGUGUCCGUUCAAACUACAGACCAGAGCCUACAGGCCGGAGGCCAGUUCUAUGUCAUGAUGACACCCCAGGAUGUGCUUCAGACAGGAACACAGAGGACAAUUGCACCCCGGACACACCCCUAUUCUCCGAAAAUUGAUGGCACCAGAACUACUCGAGAUGAGAGAAGAAGAGCUCAGCACAAUGAAGUGGAGCGGAGAAGGAGGGACAAGAUCAACAACUGGAUCGUCCAGCUUUCAAAAAUCAUUCCAGAUUGUCAUGCAGACAACAGCAAGACAGAAGCGAGUAAAGGGGGCAUCCUGUCAAAGGCUUGCGAUUACAUCCGGGAGCUACGUCAGACCAACCAGCGUAUGGAGGAGACCUUCAAGGAGGCAGAGCGGCUGCAGAUGGACAAUGAACUCCUGAGGCAGCAGAUCGAGGAGCUGAAGAACGAGAACACCCUGCUUCGAGCCCAUCUGCAGCAGCACAACCUGGAAAUGGUGGGCGAGAGCAGCCAGCAGUGAUGCCCGCAGCUCACC